AUGGCUGCCCACGUGCUGCAGCAGGCCGUGCGCGACGGCUCGGAGCCGCUCGUGCGCAUGCUGCUCGAGCACGGCGCCGACGCGGGCGCGAGCGUGGAGGCGCGCGACAGGGCCGGUCGCACGCCGCUGGCGGACAUUGCGCGGCGCUGCCCCGAGUGCCUGGAGGCCGUGUUUGAUCACUACCUGGGGCUGUCGGAGCCCGGCGGACCGGCGGACCGGCGCGUCGUGUUCGACUACAGCGUGUUCGACCCGCGCCUGCUCCAUCUGCCGUCUUGGGACGAGAAGGGCUUCGCGGAGACGCAUCUGCUGGACAGCGUCGGCGACCACCGCGUGCGCAAGCGGCUGUUCUUGCACCCGCUCUGCCAGACCUUCCUCAACCUCAAGUGGAACAUCGUGUGGCCGUAUUACGUAUUGUACACGACCAUGUUCGCGAUGUUUGUCGCCUGCUUCAACGUGUUCGUUGUGGUGGUGCUUCAGAGCCCGGGCUUCGUGGCCGCCAGCCGCCUCGAGAACCAGCCGCUGGAGACGGCCAUGCUGGUGCUCACCAGUCUGACGGUGCUGAGCCUGUUGCUGCGCGAACUGCGGCGUCUCUUCGUCAUGCGGCCGCUCGCCUACCUGCGCGCCUCCGAGAACCUGGUCGUCUGGUUCUGCUGCGUGUCGGCGGUCACCUGCCUGGCCGCGGCCUACCGCAGCCCGCCGUUCUUCCGCCAGUUGAGUGCGGCGACGCUGCUCGUCUCGUGGACCGAGCUGCUGUACCUGCUCGGCCUGGCCGAGUUCGCCUCGAUCCACGUGAUGACGCUCGUGACGCUCGUGCGCACCAUGACGCUGUUCAUGAUGGUGUACGCGCUCAUCAUGCUGGCGUUCGCCAGUUGCUUCCUGGUGCUGUUCCACGGCCAGGAGGAGUUCGGCAGCGCGGCCGAGACCUACCUCGCGACGCUCGUCAUGUCGAUAGGCGAGCUAAACUACGCGCCGGCGCAGCUGCGCGGCUCCGGCUUCGGCUACGUCGCCUACGUGCUCUUCAUCUUCGGCGUGCUCAUCAUCACGAUGAACGCCAUGAUCGGCCUGGCCGUCAACGACACGCGCCACAUCGAGCGGCGCGCCAGCGUGCGUCUGCACACCAAGCACCUCGACGAGGUGGCCAAGGUCAACACGAACGUGCGGCUGGUACUCGACAUGCUGGACCAGGCGCGCAGGUGGGACGACAAUUGA